AUGGACCUGAUUCCAAACAUUUCCACAGAAGCAUGGGCACUGCUGACUACCAUCCUGGUGCUCCUCUUUCUGUAUGGGACCUCUUCUCAUGGACAUUUUAAGAAGCUAGGAAUUCCUGGUCCCUAUCCUCUGCCUUUUGUUGGGACAAUGCUUAACUAUAGGAGGGGCAUAUCAAAAUACGAUAUAGAAUGCCAAAGAAAGUAUGGGGAUUUUAUGUGGGGGAUAUAUAAUGGAAUGCUCCCUGUGCUUGUUAUCACAAAACCAGAUAUGAUCAAGAAUGUGCUAGUGAAAGAAUUUAAUUUGGUCUUCACAAAUAGACAUCUUUUUGGUCCACUUGGAUUUAUGAAAAAAAGUAUAGCAAAUGCUGAGAAUAAAGAUUGGAAAAGAAUCCGGUCCUUGAUGACACCAGCCUUUAGCAGUGGAAAACUAAAGGAGAUGUUCCACAUCAUUCAAGAAUAUGGAGAUGUGCUGGUGAAAAACAUGAGUCCAGAAGUAGAGAAGGGCAAGAAUGUUACCAUGAACAAGGUCUUUGGGGCCUAUAGCAUGGAUGUGAUCACUAGUACCUUAUUUGGGGUGAAGGUGGAUUCCCUCAACAACUCCCAGGAUCCCUUUGUGAAAAACACCAGAAAGCUUUUUAUAUUUGACUACUUUAAUCCAUUGGCUUUCUUUGAAGCACUGUUUCCAUUCCUUUCCAGAUUAUAUAAAAAAGUAAACAUCUGCAUCUUUCCAAAUGAUGCUAUAUCAUUUUUUAAAAAAUUUAUAGAAAAGACCAAAGAAGAUCGGCUUGGAAAUGCCAAAGAGCAUCGAGUGGACUUUCUUCAGCUGAUGAUGAACUCCCAGAAUUCCAAAGACAUGGAGUCCUAUAAAUCUCUUUCUGACCUGGAGAUCCUGGCCCAAGCAAUCACAUUUAUUUCUGCUGGCUAUGAGACAACAAGCACUGCACUUUCCUUUAUUACAUAUUUACUGGCGAUUCACCCCGAUGUUCAGAAGAAACUCCAGCAUGAGAUUGAUGCAGUCCUGCCCAAUAAGGCACCUGCCACUUAUGAAACCCUUGUAGAGAUGGAAUACCUGGACAUGGUGGUGAAUGAAACUAUGAGAUUAUAUCCAGUUACUAGCAGGGUUAACAGACUCAGUAAGAAAGAUGCUGAAAUCAAUGGUGUGCUCAUUCCCAAAGGGACAGUGGUGGUCAUACCUAUCUUUGUUCUUCACCGAGAUCCAAAAUACUGGCCAGAUCCUGAGGAGUUUCGUCCUGAAAGGUUCAGCAAGGAGAAUAAAGAUAGAAUCAAUCCUUACACAUACCUGCCCUUUGGAUAUGGUCCUAGAAACUGCAUUGGCAUGAGGUUUGCUCUUAUUAACAUGAAGCUUGCUAUUAUCAAAAUCCUGCAGAACUUUUCGCUGAGUCCUUGUGAAGAAACAGAGGUUCCCUUGAAAUUAGGUAAGAAAAUGACUCAUACUCCAGAAAAGCCUAUUGUCCUGAAGAUUAUAUCAAGAAAUGGAGCCAUAAAUGAAGGUUGA